AACCCACGCGGAAAAUAUUGACACGUCGUUGCUUAAAACACAAGUUGAGUGGCAGCUCGAGAACACGACCGCCAACCGCGCGUAACACUCUUUCACAAAAAACGUAACAGCUAUCCCGAAGGACAUAAACAUCACUAACUCUAUUCAGCUGGGGAAACCUGUUUCUAAGUAAUACUUUGAAUUUAAGAGUGCCAAAGGCGGCCUAGCGUCUCGUUUUGAUCGACCAAAUUCGAGCACCGUGAGACGACAUCUUGGAUUGUUUGCCGAAGGAAGACGGAGCUAAGAGGUUCUAUGGAAGGAAAUGAUAGAUUGAUGCAUACUUCUGCCCCGAUGCCAGUGAAUUCUGUAUCGAUGAUGCAUGGCCAACAGGGAGCUGAGAUGAAACAAACCGAGGAAUUAGACGGACGUAAGCAAGAUAUUGGCGAUAUUUUGCAGCAAAUUAUGAGCAUCACAGAUCAGUCAUUGGACGAAGCACAAGCCAAGAAACAUGCUUUGAACUGCCAUCGCUUGAAGCCCGCCCUUUUCAAUGUUCUCUGUGAGAUCAAGGAAAAGACAGUGUUGAGUAUUCGUGGGUCACAAGAAGAUGAGCCACCAGAUCCACAACUCAUGCGACUGGACAACAUGCUGUUGGCAGAGGGUGUUGCUGGUCCAGAGAAGGGUGGGGCAGCUGCAGCAGCUGCUGCCGCAGGAGUACAUGAGAACCAAUCAGAACAUUCUGAAUAUAGGAACAAACUAAACCAAAUAAGACAGAUAUACCAUACUGAACUGGAAAAAUAUGAACAGGCUUGCAGUGAGUUUACUACACAUGUCAUGAAUUUACUACGGGAGCAAUCACGUACCCGUCCUAUAUCACCCAAGGAAAUUGAAAGAAUGGUUGGAAUCAUACAUCGCAAAUUUAGUGCAAUACAAAUGCAGCUUAAGCAAAGUACAUGUGAGGCUGUUAUGAUUCUUAGAUCAAGGUUUUUAGAUGCAAGGAGAAAAAGACGAAACUUUAGCAAACAGGCAACAGAGAUCCUAAACGAAUAUUUUUAUUCGCAUUUGAGUAAUCCAUACCCAAGUGAAGAAGCAAAAGAAGAAUUGGCACGGAAGUGUAAUAUCAGUGUUGCACAGAUAUCUAAUUGGUUUGGUAAUAAACGUAUUCGAUACAAGAAAAAUAUUGGUAAAGCUCAAGAAGAAGCAAGCCUAUAUGCUGCUAAAUCUUCACAAGCAGUGGCAAGACCACCCAGUCAGGGGGGGCAGCCUCAACCAGCUGGUAAUGGACCCACUGGACCAGCUGGUGUUCCUUCCUCUACUCAAGGGGGAUUUGCCAUGAGCUCACCAGGGAUGUCACCAACAUCACAGCCUCAGAUGUCACAGCAGCCAGGAGAGAUGUACAUGACAGGUGUGCAGAUGAAUGGUGGAAUGGGUUCUGAGUACCAAGGGGGGUCAGCAGUCGGAGCCAAUGUACAAUCACAGGUGCCAGGCUUAAGACAUGUCAUGUCGCAGGCAGCAUCAGCAUAUGAUCCAAGUGGUGGACACAUGCAAGGUCAUGGACAGCAGCAGCAACAGUUGUAUCAUGACCCACACCAUAUGCACCAGCAGGCUGGAAGCCAAGGUGUAGGCAAUAAAGGAGGACCAGAUGGAAACAGAGGUCAAGAAGGUGAAACCUAGGCUUCUUGGAAAUAUAGGAUCAUGAGAAGAUAAGGAACUAGCUGUUAGUGGAUUAACCUACAUGAAUCCUGCAAGAUUAUGAAUCUUACUACUUUGAGAAAGUCAAAUGGCUCAUUGAUGUCAUGGGAGAUAAGUUGACACAGGAUGAUUUGAUUUGCUUUGCCACUGAAAAGAAAAUAUGAUGUAAAAAAGGAAAUUAGAACAAUAGCUAGAUAUUAAGUACAUACAUUUUGUUUUAUUUUGUUUAAGAUUCAUUCAUAGCAGUGCUGAUCUAUUAUGAGAAAUCAAUUGCUUUGUGAAUUCUUAUAUGUAAUGGUGAGUUUAACACUGUUACAUAAAGAAAAAAUGACAUUGUCAUAGAUGCAUAGAGAUCUUGGGAUUAAUUCAACUAUCUUUUAGACUAAUGAGACCUUACAUAAGAGUUAAUCAAGCAAUAAUUAGAAAUACCAGGAAACCCUGGGAUAUCAGGUCUUUAUAGCCUUUUAACGUUAUUGCUGAUCAGUUUUAAAAGGGAUUUCAAGGCAUAUACAACCUGUCUUCACACUGCCUGCAUAUAGAUAUUUGCUGUACAUUUUAUAAACUUUUAGUUCAUUAUAUCAAUGCAUCUCUGGCUGAAGUAUUGCUGGCUGAGUGCAAUCAGUGUCAAUGCAAAGCCAAGAUAUUCAACAUAAAAACAGACAAAAAAGGUUUGGGUAUUGACGCAUACAUACAUCUAGCACAUUUUUCAGUAUACAAGUCCUUAAUUAAUAAAAGAGCAUAUAUAUAAUUAGAUAUAAUUAAUAUUUUACAACUGUUGUAGUUUAAGACAGAUGCGUAUAAAUAAAAAGAAUGAAAGUGAAAGAAUGCAACAUUUUAAUAACUUGAUUGUGGAGGUUUCCUUGUAUUUUUCUUUUAAGUCCAGAUGUUUAGUUAAAUAUUAAUUUUAUCGAUCACAAUAUAGAAAUAAUAAAUUGUAACUGCGAUAGAAAAAAUUAAAAAACUGUAUUUUUUAUUA